AUGAGUGUUGUUGCCAGGAUUGACCGAUCAUGGCAGCAGAGGUCCCGUGGUCGUUUCCGGAACAUACUAGAUCUGCUUUCGAGGAAGGCUGAUAUUUCGGCUCUGGAUCUCUUGCAGAUGAGUCAACGACAGAUAGAGAGUCAGUUGAGUCAGAUCGAUCAAGGCCAAGUGACCGUAUGA